AUGACUAAGUCUAUUUUAAAUUGCCGCCUCUUUACCGUUUUCCUCCUUUCCAACCUGUUCAUCCUUGCCCUCGGUCAGGGCAAACAGUUCAUCACAGGCCCUUGCACAAGCGACGCUGACUGCGCUUCUGGAUGCUGUGGGUUUAACUCUGGUGUUUGCGCAGGUCCCGUUGUUGCGCAAGAACGUGAUGGUGGGUGCGGGUUCGGCGAUGCCCAGCCGAACGAUAACGCAGCUGUCGCCUUCCGCGACCAAGGAUCUGGCAACAACGGAGCCCAAGGCAACAACGGAGGCAAUAACGUCAACAACAACGUUGCCGGUGCCUCAGGGCAAGGCGGAGUCUCCCCCGGAACACAAUUCAUCACAGGCCCAUGCACAAGCGAUGCAGACUGCGCGUCUGGCUGCUGCGGGUUCAACUCUGGUGUUUGCGCCGGUCCCGUCGUCGCGCAGGAACGUGACGGUGGCUGUGGAUUUGGCGAUGCGCAGCCCAAUGACGAUGCCGCGCGGGCGCUGCAGGGAAAGAGGAGGAGCGUGGCAUUUAACGCCUAA